AAUCAAACACACCCGAGAAUCACUGGCAGGUCUGCGAGUGUCAUUCAGUUCAAUUAUUGGCUGGAAUUAGAGCCGUGUUUGAUAGCUGUAAAAUAAUAAAUCCUCUCAACAACUUUUUAUUCAGUACAAUUUGUUCUUCCUGUUCUGCAGGACAGUUGAUGUGUUACAAGCUGUUUCCUGUUUCGUAUCAGGAUGUGUCGACAAACUGCCAUUUUUAGAAAUGUGUUUCUUGUGUCUGUACUCUCUGUCCGAAGCCCUCACGUAUCUCAAAUCAAAUAUUAUAGAAUUCGAGCCGCGUUUGAUAGCCCUAAUCUAACUCACAAGUCUUUUCUAUCCGCACAGAUUAUUCCGUCCUGUGAUGUUACAUUUUGCUCUGGUUUUAGAAAAGUCUUCAGACGUGAAUCCAGUGGAGUUAUAGAGGAAGAACAGGACAGAAAUAUUGAUCACAAAAUGUUACAACCAAAUGAGGAAUAUGAUGAUAUCAGUCUUCUGGAGCCAUUUGCAGUGAAAAGGGAAGUUGAGAAUGAGGAAGUGCUUGUCAUAAGAAGAGUGAAAGGAAGAAAGAAUACAGCAAGCAAGCCUCAUUAUUGCUCACAGUGUGGAAAAAGCUUCAAUCUGAGUGCACAGUUAACAAGACACAUGCGCAUUCACAGCGGAGACAAACCAUACAAAUGCUCAAAGUGUGAAAUGUGUUUCAGAACUAAAGAGAAUCUGUCUGAGCAUAUACACAUUCACACUGACCAAAGACCUUAUACGUGCUAUCAAUGCGGGAAAGGCUUUUUACGACCAGGAAGACUUGAAAUCCACAAGAGAAUCCAUACAGGAGAAAAGCCUCAUAAUUGUGCUCAGUGCAGGAAAAGUUUUAAAAGCCCAUCAGAACUCCAGCUUCACACAGCCAUACACACAGGAGAAAAACAUUACUACUGUUCUCAAUGUGAGAUGAGUUUCAGACGAAGCGGACACUUGACAAGACACAUGCGUAUUCAUACUGGUGAGAGACCUUUCCAGUGUGCACAAUGUGGGACAUGUUUCUCACGAGCAGAACACCUCAGAGGUCAUCAGGUCACAGUUCACAGACAAACAAAGCAAACAGAUAACCUUGAAGAAUGACGUAUGCACUGCAGUUUUACAGUACAUUUGUCCCUAAAUCGCUUUCACAUCACUUUUUGUAAUCAAAUCACUUUGAUAUGAAACCUCUUUUGUAUGGGAAGUGUUUUCUAAUAUAAAUAAAUACAUAUAUAUGAACAGAAACUGAUGACAUUAUAGCAUGCAAAAAAUGUUCAGUUAUAAGUAAUUAAACUACUGUGUUGAAGUUGUAUUAUUAAAGCUUAGUGAAUCUAUCACCGCCAUAUUAGGCACUUGGUUUGAUUGUAAUUAUUUGUUAAUUUGUUGAGUUAAAAUUGUAAAAAUAUUGAUUUAAAAACAAACCUCACCUGACAAGUGAAAGUUGUCUCAUCUGUGGGUUAUGUAAUAAUGAUAAUGGGAUUAAAGAAAUUACAUUAUAUUUUGUAUAAUUCAAGUUGAAAAAUGUGAAAAUAAA